ACGUAUAUGCAAAUAAACAAUGGAAGGUUUAAAAUAGCUACAACUUUGCGCGGAUAAAUUUAUCUUGAGAGAAAUGUAGUUAGUUUGUCUCUUUAAAAUCAAAUCACGUCACGUGACGGUCACGUGAUCACGUCAUUUUCAACAUGGCGUCUCCUCAGAAUGGUUUGUUUUGCUCUCGGUUUAUACAGCGAGCGGUUUUUUUCUUCUGGUUUUGCUGGACUUCAGUUCAGAGCUCCAUAAAUGACGUUGAAAGCUGUGACAACCUCCGACCGGGACAGUAUCUUUGCAAAAGCCCUAAAAUAGAUGAUGCAACUCAAGAACCUGAGAACUGCAAAGAUCUUGUGGCAUUGGUGGAAUGCCUUCCUGCACCAAACAUCAGCUGCUUGCUAUCAAAUGGGACCAGGUUCAAGUUCAGUGGGGAAGAGGUUGGAUUUAAUAAAAGCAUCCCUUGUCGUAAUGUGACUGGCUAUUCCUAUAAAGUGGCAGUGGCUUUAUCCCUCUUUCUAGGAUGGCUGGGUGCAGAUCGCUUUUAUUUGGGAUAUCCAGCUCUCGGGCUGCUGAAGUUCUGCACUGUGGGUUUCUGUGGAAUCGGAAGUCUGGUGGAUUUCAUAUUGAUAUCCAUGCAGAUCGUUGGUCCAUCUGACGGUUCAGAUUUCAUCGUGGACUACUACGGAGCGAGACUCGUACGGCUCUCCAUAACAAAUGAGACGUACAGACGAACACAGAGCUCUCUCUGAGGAGGUGGCUGGAGAGGAAGGGCCCGAAAACCUGACAUCCAGGAUUGUGUCGUAUAAAUCUCACCAAUUCCUCCUUUUCACCUGGGAAGACACGGGCAUGACAGAAACCUGUGUGUGUGUGAGAGAGAGAGAGAGGGAGAGGGAGAUAAUGAGCGAGUGAGCGAGUGGACUGCAGAGGAUUGUAAAUAGAGACUACAGUAUGACAAACUUCUCCAAAGUGGAUAAGCCCACCUUCAUUCCUGCGUCUCCUCUCGCCCUCAUCAUUCGUCCGUCUUUCCUUUGACUUUGAACAGAAUGUAGUUUAUCCUUUCUAACUGUUGUGCAAUGGAAAUCUGCCUCACUGAAGUUUAUUUAAUGAAAUAUCCACCUCCGACUGCAGUAUCAUCACAAACAUGUCACACAAUGAGACAAAUGUCAUUUUAUAAACUCGGUUAUAACGCAAGCAGAAAUCCAAUAUGUCUCAGUAAAGUUUGGUUUGAUUCCAUAUAAACCUCAUGGGAAGCUCAAAGUUAGGCUGCGUAAUGCAUAGACUAUUUAUGGACAAUAGAUUGGGUUAGAUUAUAUUGUUCUGAACUAUUCCCAUAAGACGUGUCUGUUUUGUCUUUUUUAUUUAAAUGAUGUAAAUAAAGUUUUACCAAAGUG